AUGAGCAGACGCCAAUCAAAAACCAACUCAGACACAGACAUGUGUAACUCAGUUAGUGUGUUUGACAUAGAACCAGAGGAGAAGGAGACCAUAAUCCACCGCUUGGUCAGUGUGUUUCAGCCCUAUAUCCAACCCUGUCUUGCUGAACUGGUGGGCUCAGCACUUUUCAUCUUCACUGGCUGCAUGUCCGUCAUAGAGAAUCCGCAGGACACGGGGAGUCUGCAGCCAGCUCUAGCACAUGGCCUAGCACUGGGCAUCGUCAUAGCAUUGUUUGGAGAGAUCAGUGGAGGUCACUUCAACCCCGCUGUCUCUGUGUCUGUUUACCUGAUCGGGGGUCUUAAUGUCAUCUUACUGAUACCGUAUAUUAUGGCACAACUGUGUGGUGGACUCGUUGGAGCAGGUCUGGCUAAAAGUAUCUCACUACCACAUAAUUACUACAAUGCAUCUGGUGGUGCGUUUAACACAGUCCAAGAGCAAGCUCAGAUUGAGCCUGCUGUUAUAGCUGAGAUGGUAAUGACGCUGUUCCUGACCAUGUCAGUGUGUAUGGGAGCGGUGAAUGGCAAGACACGUACCUUACUAGCUCCAUUCUGUAUUGGACUGACAGUUGCGGCUGAUAUCUUAGCGGGAGGAGCAGUCUCUGGAGCAUGCAUGAACCCAGCACGUGCUUUCGGACCAGCAGCAGUGGCAAAUUACUGGACAUAUCACUGGAUCUACUGGGUCGGGCCCAUGGCUGGUGCACUGCUCACUGCUACUCUCAUUAGGUUGAUGCUGGGUGACGAGAAGAUUAGAGUGAUACUGAAGUAA